AUGCUAAUGGACGAUAUUGUCUUCAUUCCAACAGUACCGUGGGAAAAGAUAAUGAUGGAUCACAGCGAGAAACUGUCGGCGUGUUUGAAAAAGUUCGGAACGGCAUUAGCAGCGAUGAUGGAAAAAGUACAAUGCUCUAUUUGUUUGAAUGUCUUGGAACAACCUGCGCAAACGAAGUGCAAGCAUAUCUUCUGCAACAAAUGUAUCACAGGGACUUUGAACAAUCAGCAGAAUUGUCCGCUAUGCCGCGAUCCAAUCAGUCGACGACAAAUAUGGCCUGCACUCGCCCUGAACGAAGCUUGUAAGACUCUCCCGCGUUGCUUUCAGGAGAUCGACGCGAAAAUAUUGGAGAUUUGUGGGAAAUCGUUAGAAGAGGUCUUUCCUACGGUCCUUGUACCGGCAAAAUCGUCGAAAACUCCAAAACUCGAUGACGAGCUGCGAAAAGUACCGUGGGAAAAGAUAAUGAUGGAUCACAGCGAGAAACUGUCGGCGUGUUUGAAAAAGUUCGGAAUGGCAUUAGCAGCGAUGAUGGAAAAAGUACAAUGCUCUAUUUGUUUGAAUGUCUUGGAACAACCUGCGCAAACGAAGUGCAAGCAUAUCUUCUGCAACAAAUGUAUCACAGGGACUUUGAACAAUCAGCAGAAUUGUCCGCUAUGCCGCGAUCCAAUCAGUCGACGACAAAUAUGGCCUGCACUCGCCCUGAACGAAGCUUGUAAGACUCUCCCGCGUUGCUUUCAGGAGAUCGACGCGAAAAUAUUGGAGAUUUGUGGGAAAUCGUUAGAAGAGGUCUUCCCUACGGUCCUUGUACCGGCGAAAUCUUCGAAAACUCCAAAACCCGAUGACGAGCUGCGAAAAGCGACUAAGAGAGGAAUAUCGCUUAUGAAUGAGUUGGUGUCCGGGACUUCUAAGAAAACCAAGGCCAGCAAAAGAGUUGCUGCCUCCCCUAGUGGUUCUCAAAUUUUGGCCAGACUCGCAAAAGAUAAGGGACCCUGUAUCGCUCCUUCCUUCUUAGCCGAGAAAACCUCGAAGGAACCUCAAAUCCCCUCAGCCCCUGAGGCAGGAAUACAAAGCCUGGAGAAGUUGGAUGACCACGUUAAUCGCAAGUCAAACCGGAAAAGAAAGAGGUCUUUGAAACUAAAGGAAUCUGAGUCAGUUUCCUCAAGCGAGAAACCCGAUGCGAAUUCUGCGAGACAACCCGCAAUAAUUUUGCGAAUCGCAAGAGACGGAUGCUCCAAAGACGGGAAAGAGUACAAAUCGGUUGCUUGUGCUGGUGCUGUGAAUGGAUUUGAUUCAUCUUCUGCUGAUGGUUCCAAGAUUCUUCCUGAGCCCAGUGAAUCAUCUCUUGUGCAUGGAUCCACUCCGAACCCGCCGAAAAUAUUGUCUUCCACAGUCGAGAAGAUGGCGGAUGUUUUUGAGCAAAAGUUCAGCGAAACCCCUCGCACCCGAUCGAGAAUCCUGGAGGAAUCCACUUUGAUGAAUUCCCGGAGUAAAAUUGAUGUAAUAUCCCCGGAUGAAAUCACUGCUGAAUCUUUCAAGACUCGGCCUCGUCAAUCUUUAUUAACCAGCAUGGUGAAUGCCGGCAGCGAAAAUACUGCUUAUCCGGUGAAAAUUAUCGCAUCCCAAAAACUGACUGCAGGAUCUUUGAGGAAAAAGAGUGUCAGUCAUGUUGAUGAUGUCAGCAAAAUUCGUUGUGACGUUAGUGCGAAUCAGGAACACGGUUCUAAGAAAAUUACGGAGAAUGAGGAACAAUCAAUUGCUGCUGAUGCGGCUCCAUUGCCUGUGAAGAAGCGAUUUUCGAGGCAGUCUUUUGAUCUGGAUGCGGAAACGGAAAACGUUCGAGCUGUCUUGUCGCAGAACAUCCCCUUCGCUUUCGAAGAAGCUUCGUCCGAGGCUGACGCAAGUUUUGUGACGUGUCCGACACAAAACGAACCGAUUAUUUCACCGGAACCGUCUUCAGUUCCCUACCUUUCCGUUGAUCCGAACCCACCGAAUGAGCAUGUCAAUUCCGAAAUGUCUGUUUCUACCGUCAAGGAAACUGAGACGGAUUCCGUGGAAUCCCGGGGAACCCUGGUUGAAUUACCAGUGGGUGCCAGUGAACCCCCGGCGUCUUCGGUGAUCCCAGAAACAGAGUCGGUUUCUGCCGUGGAUUCAUCAUUAAGCGUCCCUUGUGAAAUUGAUCCGAAAAGUUCUUUUGAACCUGACUCAAAUACUCGUCAGUGUUCUGUGGAUGCUGAAGAGGAUUGUAUCGUAUCAGAAACGGACGAAGAAACGUGCGACGAAGACGAAGUUAAAAAAGAAGACCCUGUCUUGCCCAUCAAACCCGUUUCUUCUGUCUCACAAUCAUUUGCCGAAGAAGCGAAAGAUGAAGAGGAGAAUAACUUGAUUCUGGGAACUCCUACUUCCCAGCGUCGACGCAGCGGUGUGCCUGGAACGAUCGGAAAGGAAGCAGUAUUGGAGACGAAACCCCGGCCGCGGUUCACGGCGCUCGUGACGUCCUCAUUAACUGCCCGCGAGAAUGUAGCUGUGCAAAAAUUUGUGAAGCGGUUCAACGUGCCCUACGCGCGGGAUUUCAGUGGGGCAGAUGGGUGCGAAGUGAGUCACGUGAUCGUGCAUCAGGACGAGGAAACCGGAGGAACCCCGCGAACCAUGAAGUACCUGAUGGGCAUCUCGAGGAAGAAUUACGUCGUCACCGUCGGCUGGCUCUUGAAGUCUCUCCGGGAAGGAGCCCUCGUCGAUGAGGACGAGUUUGUUGCCGUUGGAGACGAGGGACCGAAAAAGACUUUGGAGGUGCUUCGAAAGCCGCUGGACGGAAUCACAAUAUGCAUCAAGUCCUGGGAGAAAACUAUGAAAUUGGACGAGCUGAAGACACUUGCGACUAACAUGGGUGCUGUCAUCUUGAGCAAUUUGUUGGAGUACACUGGUGUUGGAUUUCUCGUCGUCUUGGUGUCGGAGGAAUCUUAUGACAAACGACUCGCUGAACGACUGUGGGGCUUCGGUGCAGCACUGGUAUGUGUGGAAUGGCUCAUUGAGUGCGUGUCAACCUACGGUUGUGUUCCCUUGUACGAGUAUUUCUUCCACGUGGAACUGAGGGACAGUUUGUUGUCGCUCGACUUUGAGCCAGCGGAACUGUUCCAGAUGCCCAUGGAUUUGUCGCAGGAAACUAAUGCACCGCUUCAAUCGGACCACGUUAAAGGCGUCAGUUUUGGUACAGUUUUGUAGAGAAGCCUGUGCAGAAGGAAGAAGAUUGAAAGCUGGAUUUCUUCCUGAUUGAGGGUGGAAAAUCAUUGGUAUGGUUUCCUGUGACUUUUCGGUUCUUUGUUUUUUAUACGAUUUCUUGAGAAAAUGCCAUAAAGCAGAUGCGAGAACUUGAA